CAACAUUCAACCUCACACAUAACUCACAUCUCAUUUGAACCUCAACAUUCAACCUUACACAUUACUCACACCACAUUUGAACCUCAACAUUCAACCUCACACAUAACUCACAUCUCAUUUGAACCUCAACAUUCAACCUUACACAUUACUCACACCACAUUUGAACCUCAACAUUCAACCUUACAUCUUCCUAACACCUCGCUUUAA